ACCCCGUAGAACUGGAAGCCGCAAUGCAGUUCAAAAUGCAAAGAUAUUCGGUAGGUCUAUUCCUCUUUUCGGGAUUUUUAUUUGUAUGCUCCUGGGCAUAUACUAUAACCCCAAUCGUUCACAAGGGCUUUCCCACUAAUACCGAUGUAACGACUGCUCCGUUCGUGAAAAUCGGCAACGGAUAUUACUAUUUUGAGAAUACGACGACAAGGAAUUGGUUCGAUGCCUUUACCAUUUGCCGCCAGAUGAACGCGCAUCUUAUUAGUAUCGAGACCAAUGAAGAAUGGUCUCUGAUCAUGAAUUACCGAAGGUCUGUAAGGGAUACCAAUAGAUAUUGGACCUCGGGCACUGAUCUGGGCGCGGAAGGAUCACAUGUGUGGUUCGCAACUGGCAAGCCAAUAAAUUUAAAUCUAUGGACCGUCAAUAAUCCGGACAAUUACAAGAACAAUGAACACUGCGAUGAGCUGGGCUGGCGUCCAUCGAAGUCCGCAGCGGAGGGAUUGAACGAUUGUAGUUGUUCGGCCCGGUUGCGAUAUAUAUGCGAGGCACCUGAACCACAAACAGCUUCGUUCAUAAUUUGGUAGAAAAGG